UGUCCAGAAUCGGCGCUCUGGACACAGUUCCCAUGCAUCCUCUUCAAUCUCACCUCCCUCUAGAGAGAGAAAUUUCUAGAGAGAGAGAGAGAGGUUGCAGUUGCAUCAUGCAUGUUCCAUUUCAAUCUUUGACAUCAUAAGCAACCAAAGAUCUCUACUCCUAGACACGCCAUACGACCCUCCUCCACACACGCUCUCCCUCCUUUCUUCUUCUAACCCUCGAGCUCUCCAAGACUCCAUUUUUGUGCUCUGAAAGUAGAGAGAGAGAGAGAUGGGGUCGGGGUCUUUCAAGGGCAACCUUGGAGGAGCGCAGAGAGGGCGGCCGUACGGGAUGAUGCUGCUUCUGGCAUUCGGGGCUGCUCUCAUCGGGGUCAUGGCCCUUCACAAGCUCCGAGAGAGACGCAUCUCCAAUCUCCUCCUCAAGGACAAGGACCGUGAGCUCUUCUCUCUCCAACUUCUCUUGCAGCGAGAAAGAGACCACAACACCGAAAUGAAAAGGAAAUUUGAAGGGAUGAAAGAGAAGAUGUAUGCCUUCAGGACGCAAAAGAUGGAGCUGGAUAGUGCGGUCCUCGAGAUGCAGUCUACAGUCGGCUCGCUGAAGGAUGAGAUGCGAGCGAUGGAGUCGGCACUUCAAGAAAAGGACAACGAACUCAAAAUGCUGCGUGAAAAAAAUAUGGAGGCGAGCCAAAAAGAUCCUGAGGAAGUUUCUUUGAGAGAGAUCUUGAAGCUGAAGGAAGCAGAAAUUGAGGAUUUGAAGCAGCGUCUUGAAAAACAGGUCAACAUUGGCUCAGCCAGCUCCAAUGACCCGUCGAGUCUGCCUGGGAAUUCCAGUUUGCAAGCAGGCGAGGUGCAGAAGGAUGAAACAAGCAAUGCGGGUGCCAAUGAAAAGGGCGAGCUAGCAAGCGAAUCAAACAGGACUUCCUUGAUCAAGAGCAAAAUUGAAGUCCUGGAUGGCGAAGUUGCAUCAAGAUCUGAUGAGGGUUCUGAAGGCAGACUGGGUUCUGCUGAGAAGAUAGGAGUGACAGAGAUGGAGAGGUUGCGGGGGAAGGGAGAUAGCUCAGGUGAACAUCAAAAGCAAGAACAAGUUGCCAGUGAAGGGAAUGGGAUAGAGAACCGUAGAGAAGAUAUUGAUGGUCUCCAAGACGAGCGAAAAUCCGAUACUGGAGAGGGAACGAACACUCCAAAUGAGAGAAGCACAUCACACGGUGCAGAUGAGGUCUCGAGAAAUAUGAAUGAAAAUGGUGAUGCGGAGACCGUCAAUGUGAAGGAAAGUCCAGAAGAGAGUGGAGUAGGCAAGGGUGGUAUGAAGUUGGAAAAUUCGGAAAAUUCUCACGGCAAUGAAUCGGACUCUGUUGUUACAGGAAAGCAAGGCGGCCUAUAUGUGAGUAAGAAAAGGGGAAAGAAAUGGAGGAUGCUUGCGAGAAAUAGGAGGCUGGAGAACAAGGGGAACAGAAAAAGAAGACUCAUUGGAGAUGCGAAAGAAAUCAAACAAUACCGGAGUGAAAUAGAAAACCAGUUGGAGAGCACCGAAAGGAACCAGCAAACUGUUACCCACUUGAGAAGAGAUGAAUCUGAGCAGAGAGAAGAACAAGGGAGGAAAGAAAAUCGAGAUCAAGUUGAAAUCAAGAGUGUACCAGCAGACUCAAGUGAAGACACAGUAAACGGAGGAGAGGAAAGCGACAGGAGUGGAGGAAGCAUAGGUAAGGACUCGAACUUCUCGGACGCUAAGUUGAUUGAGUCUGAAAGUACUGAAAAUAAGGGAGAUGUAGAGGGAAGUGGAAUGAGUGGCGGCGAAAAAGGUCCUCUCAAGAAUGAAGAGGAAGAGAUGAAGAGUGGCAAUUCGCUGACGAACGGCGAAGUCUCAACCAAUUCUGCUUCACAAGGAAAAGCUAACAACAUCACAAAUGAAGGUGCAGAACAGGAAGCGAAUGUUGAAAUCCGAAGACAAGAAGAUCAAGGAGCCAAUGCUGCCCUAGAGACCACGGAAGUUGAAACUGGCGGAGCAGGACUUGCAGCUGACAAAGAGAGACUGGCUGCUGACAAAGAGAAAGUUCGUUACAGAAUUGAGGAGCGGAGACAUUCAGAAGAUGACGACUCAAAAGAAUCAAAGGCAGAUGGCGCCGGCCGGGAUCUCUCACAGCAAACUGAUGAUUCCAGUUCGGAAAAUAACGACGAGUACAAGGUAGAAACCGAUGAUUCUGGGUUCUAGUUAUGUAACCCAACUGUGCUGUAAACUAUAGAGCCUGUGCGUUCCUAUUAACUGUCGAUGUGUGUUCAGACAAUCGAAUUUAGUCUUUAUUAGAUAUCACCCAUCAAUACAUACCAUAUGCUGAUA